AUCGAGUUAGCCAUCCUCAAUCUCUUUCAGUAGUUUUAAUAGUCCUCGAGGUAGAAACUCGUCCAGAAGUAACCUGUGCUUUCAAAAAAUGAACAAGUUUGGUAUUUGUGUAGUUAUUGUAGCUAUUUUUGGAAUAUAUGUAUAUGAAACGAAAGAGUUUGACCUGCCUUUUAUGAACGUGUAUUAUGACCCAAUCACCAAACGUCCCAUGAGGGUGACUUCCAUAGAGAAUAUGCUCGUGAACGUCACGAAGUCUUCAACCAAAACGGCUCAAGUUAAGGUACAAUCAAAAAAUAUUAGGAGAAUAGGCUACAGAAGCAACGGAUGUACUUGUCAGGAACUAAAUUGUGGCUGUUGCCUUGGAAUCAAUUUAAACCAGUUCAACUUUAAGAGAGAAGGUUGUAUGAAUUUCACCUACGAUCCCAAUGAAUUUGCAUUAACUAUGAAUAUGUUCAUGAACGAAAACAGCAUUUACUCAAACUCAUUUUCUGCAAAGAACCCGCCGCCGUUAUGUUUGCCGGUCCCUGUUCCUUAUAUUCCAGUGCAAGUACAAGCAUGUGCAAAACUGUUCAACGUAUUCACUCCCGGUCGAAACUUGCACAUGUGUUUUGAUUUCGAGACACGAAUUCAAAAUGCUGCAAUUUUAGUUCUGCAUUUCGACUGCAUGAGAAUGGGUACUGACGGCAUUGCGCUAGUAAAACCAGAAGAUGGAGGAGGGCUUCCCAUAUCUACGCCAUCAACUACGACAGACGGACAAAUUGACGCUGACAUAUAUGACGAUGUCACUGAAAUUAAAAAAUAUAUUUCAAUGGAUACUGUUAAUUAAUAAAUAUUGUGCUUUUUCAAA